GUGCGCACUGAUUUUCAUGAAGGAGUAAUGGAGAGGAUUUAUUUUUUUAAGUAUGGAACAUAAAUAAAAUUUUCUGGUGAAAAUGACAUUCUUGUAACAAUAUUUUUCUCUGGAACUGAAACGAAUUAGAAUAAAGGAGAGAGCUACAUGAGCCCUGCCCCUGCGUACACCGGGAAAUUUGUAUAAAAGGAACUACAACUCCCAGCAUGCCAUUACAGUAUCUCCCUCCCCCACCCCAACCGGGCUGUGUAAGCUUUUCGGAAGCCGCGUAUUGUCAGCACGAAGUGGAUCAUUGUAGUCCACCUGAGUGGUUGAGGAAAAUGUGUAAUCCUGAAGGAAUGGCCUUGGUAAAAAGAUCCCACUGGGGCCGUAAGGGAUUUAAUGAAAAGAGAAUUUAAGUUCUCAAGAGCAGAAAGAAGUUGGGCGUGCGUUUGAAGCCUGAUCUUCCGGGUCUUGUGCUUUGCACUUUCCUUCCAGACCUGGUGAAACUUCAGCCUGGGUAGGCUGAGAUCAGAAGUGCCCGUCAAGAUGGAAGUGAAUCCCCCCAAACAGGAGCACCUGCUGGCGCUAAAAGUGAUGCGAUUGACUAAACCUACCUUGUUCACCAAUAUUCCUGUAACGUGUGAAGAGAAGGACUUACCUGGUGAUCUCUUUAACCAGUUAAUGAAAGAUGAUCCUUCAACUGUAAAUGGUGCAGAGAUUUUAAUGUUGGGAGAAAUGUUGACUUUACCCCAAAAUUUCGGGAAUAUAUUUUUAGGAGAGACCUUUUCCAGUUAUAUCAGUGUUCACAAUGACAGCAAUCAAGUUGUAAAAGAUAUAUUGGUGAAGGCGGAUCUCCAGACGAGUUCUCAGCGUUUAAACCUUUCAGCCUCCAAUGCUGCUGUGGCUGAACUUAAACCUGAUUGUUGUAUUGAUGAUGUCAUCCACCAUGAAGUAAAGGAAAUUGGGACACACAUCUUGGUGUGUGCCGUGAGUUACACAACUCAGGGUGGAGAAAAAAUGUACUUUAGAAAAUUCUUCAAAUUUCAGGUUCUCAAACCAUUGGACGUGAAAACCAAAUUUUAUAACGCAGAGACUGAUGAAGUAUUUCUUGAAGCCCAAAUUCAGAAUAUUACAACCUCACCAAUGUUUAUGGAGAAAGUUUCACUAGAGCCAUCAAUAAUGUACAAUGUAACAGAAUUAAAUUCGGUGAACCAAGCUGGAGAGUGCGUAUCUACAUUUGGGUCCAGAGGAUAUUUGCAGCCAAUGGACACUCGCCAAUACUUGUACUGCCUAAAGCCCAAGAAGGAAUUUGCAGAAAAAGCCGGCAUCAUCAAGGGAGUGACAGUAAUUGGGAAACUGGAUAUAGUGUGGAAAACAAAUCUAGGUGAAAGGGGACGAUUACAGACCAGCCAGCUUCAAAGGAUGGCUCCAGGUUACGGAGAUGUUAGGCUGUCUUUAGAGGCCAUCCCAGAUACCGUAAACCUAGAAGAACCUUUCCAUAUUACCUGUAAAAUCACAAACUGCAGCAGUGAGAGGACGAUGGACCUUGUGCUGGAGAUGUGCAACACCAACUCCAUCCACUGGUGUGGGAUUUCAGGAAGACAGCUGGGGAAGCUACACCCCAGCUCCUCGCUCUGCCUAGCCCUGACGCUCCUGUCCUCAGUACAGGGUCUCCAGAGUGUCUCUGGCUUAAGACUCACUGACACAUUUUUAAAGAGAACAUACGAGUAUGAUGACAUCGCGCAAGUCUGCGUGGUCUCGGCCGCCGUGGAAGUGGAAGCCUAAAGAAAGUUCCUAAUGUCAAACUUCUUCUUUAAUCACAGAAAUGCUCUUCAUAUUCUGUCAGCUUUGUGCAACGAUCAGUAGAAAAAAUAAGUAUAUAUUAUUUAAAUUUGUUUCCUGUAAAACAGUUAAAUAUUAAAUGUUUGUUGUAAAAACACUAGUUUUAUCUUGUGAAUUAUAUUUUAAAGGAACAAAACAUUUCUGUAUUUUCUAUAUGUAUUUUGUGUCCUUUAAGAUAACUGUCUUUUUGUUUUGUUUUCAUCAAGCUCAUCUUUCAGACUUUUUGUCUAACAAGUAUAUAAAAAGCAGCAAACCUUUUUGUAGAGGGCUGGGUAUCAGAUGUCUUAUGCUCUGUGGAUAGAUGAAUUCUGCCAUCCGAGUAGACUAACAGGGGUGUCCAUGGUUGAUGGCACCUGCUUGCUAGGGCCCCUAGGCUACAUACUAACUCUGUCUGGAAGAUACUAUUUGUUUUAGGAUUAUCAAAUUUUCAUAAUACUUCAUAUAGAAAUUUAGUUAAUCAUAGUCAAGUACAGUCUCUUUCGUAGGUGCUUAGUCAAUCAAUAAAAGGGAGGCCAAUUUGAGACAGUUCAGGUCCUCUCCCUGCAACCUGAUUAUUUCCUGACUCACACAGGAUAAACAGUUUAGUUGUUGUUAAAAUCAUUGUAUGGAUGCAUGUCUGUCUUAGUGUACACAUACCAACACACAGUAACGGACACUCAAGAGCAGGCCAGGAUUGACUGACUCAAUUUUUUACAAUAUUAGUAAUUAUUUAGCAUUAACCUAAAGACUCCUAGGGGGUUUUCCCCACUGAAGAAUGAAGAGCUAAUUUUCAUAAUAUACAUUUAAAUGAUUCCAACUUCAUAUCUGACUUUUAACUCUCUAUCAUGUACUAAUAUAAAAGGUUUAUUGUCCUUGUAAUCACAACUAUUCAUGUCAGGAACAAAUCAGCAAGAAAACUAAGGCUUACAACAGCUUUGCAAUAGGUAUAUAACGAAAUGUUUCCCUAUUUGUCAGGGAAACAAAGUACCUGUUAAAUAAACUUCAUCUUAUUUUGGUGAGUUGAAAGUCCCCACCAUAUAUUAAAAAUAUCAAUCGCCGGGCGGUGGUGGCGCACGCCUUUAAUCCCAGCACUUGGGAGGCAGAGACAGGCGGAUUUCUGAGUUCGAGGCCAGCCUGGUCUACAGAGUGAGUUCUAGGACAGCCAGGACUACACAGAGAAACCCUGUCUCAAAAAACAAAAAACAAACAAACAAACAAAAAUAUCAAUCACUCUUUAUAAUGGAGGACUACAUUAAGUCAAACACAAAACCCGUUUUCUUAAAUGCAUAAUUAUUUAUUGCCAUGACAAAUUGUUUGGUCCAAAAUGAAAGGAAUAUUCAGAAGACUUGCCCCUCACAUUAGUCAUGAUUGGUGAAUGUCUGUGCAAAACAAGAUAGAAGCAGUGAAAACUGAGGUCCGUUCCUUUGGGAUGACAGACUGGUCAAGUCAGUCUUUAUCAGCAUCCUCUCAUGACUGAAGCACUGUUUCAUUCAGUCAGAAUGUAAAACUUAUUCUGCUAUAUACUUUCAAUUACAAAGUCUCUUCUGCGUAUAAACAACAUAGCUAUGUACUAUUCAUACUUUAAAUAAGGGAUAGAUAAUGCCAUCUUAUAAAGGAUCUGAGUCAACUAUUAUAAAAACUAGAUUGAUGAUUUGAUACAGUAAAUGAAAAUUCCAUUUCCAUAAAAAAGGACAUGUUAGGUUUUGCAUAGCACGGUAACAGCUUCAGCUACUCCAGUGAAAUGGAUUCAUGGAAGUCAGGCAUUCCUAAUCAGAACACGAGGAAGCAUUCAGUGCCCUGUUUCUCUUAGCAAGUGUAUAUCCUAGACAAAGGGAAGAAUACCAGAGAAGUGUCUUAAACCUUUAAGACACCUAGCACAAAAAAUUCUUAAAAUGGCUUGUAAUGUGAUGACUCUGAUGUGAUGGACAGACCUGAAGAGUAAAGGGUGUCCUGAACAGAAAGAAAAUCCCUGGAACUGGGAGGCAACAUCCAGCUGUCGAUUCCUUCCCAUAGAAACAAAACUAGACAGGUGAGGUGGAAGAUCCACCUGUGCUGUACUUCACAUGAGAACUGCCUUCCGCGAGGGGCAUUAGCACAUGGAGACAGUGUUCCAGAGCUGUUAGUUCUCACCAGAGUAUCACUGCUCACAUGAGUUGGGGACUGUUAAUUCCUCACGUUUUCCAAAAGAGUUACAGAGAAGGGAUAUCAUUCUCCCCUAAGACCUGAAAUCAUCUGAGCCUAUCUUUUCUUCUUCUUCUUUUUUUUUUUUUCCUGGAAGGUACUGAAAUUUUUUAACAGAGACAGGCCUAUCAGCUUAUCUUCUUCACGAAGAUUUGUUUCCCAAAGUUGUUAAAAGACAAAAAUCUAAAGUAAGUCAUGGGGUUUUCCCCAUGUCCGUUUUGUUGUUAUUUGGGUUGUUUUCUACUUGGGUGUCUUUUGGUUUUGUCUUUGAGACAGGGUUCAUGUAGCCCAGGCUCGCCUCAUAAUCACUGUGUAGCCAAGAGUGACGCUGAAUUCCUGGUCCUGACUCUACAUCUCACGUGCUGGGACUCCAGG